ACUGUGGAGGUAAACAUGGCGGCGGUCGGACCUCUAGCAAGAGUCGCCCGACUGGGCUCCAGCAUCUGUAGGAACCAGCGUUUAUUAUUGAACAGAAGCGCGCAGAGACGAGGAAUAGCUUCGUGUAUCGACCCUGCUCAUGGACUCACAGAUGAACAGAAGGAGUUCCAGAAGGUGGCCUUUGACUUUGCAGCCAAUGAAAUGGCUCCACACAUGGCAGAGUGGGACCAAAAGGAAAUCUUUCCAGUGGAGACAAUGCGGAAAGCAGCUCAGCUGGGGUUUGGGGGGAUCUACGUUCAGCCAGAUGUUGGAGGAUCAGGUCUUUCUCGGUUGGACACAUCAGUCAUCUUCGAGGCCUUAUCCACAGGAUGUACCAGCACCACGGCCUACAUCAGCAUCCACAACAUGUGUGCCUGGAUGAUCGACACUUUUGGCAAUAAUGAGCAAAGGGAGAAGUUCUGUCCUGAUCUCUGUUCGAUGGAAAAGUUUGCUUCUUACUGUCUCACUGAACCAGGCAGUGGCAGUGAUGCUGCUUCACUUCUGACCUCUGCACAGCGGAAAGGUGAUCACUACAUCUUGAAUGGCUCUAAGGCCUUCAUCAGUGGAGGAGGAGACACAGACGUCUAUGUUGUGAUGUGCAGAACAGGAGGUAAAGGCCCUAAAGGCAUUUCGUGUUUGGUGGUGGAGAAGGGAACCCCAGGCCUCAGUUUUGGCAAAAAAGAAAAGAAGGUGGGCUGGAACUCUCAGCCGACCAGGGCGGUGAUAUUUGAAGAUUGUGCGGUUCCAGUGACCAACCGGCUUGGUGAGGAAGGACAGGGCUUCAGCAUCGCCAUGAAAGGACUGAAUGGAGGCAGGAUUAAUAUUGCUUCCUGUUCUCUCGGGGCGGCACAUGCCUGUGUACAGCUGGCGAGGGAUCACCUGUUGGUUCGCAAACAGUUUGGAGAGACACUUUCAAACAACCAAUUCCUUCAGUUCAAACUGGCAGAAAUGGCCACCAAGUUGGUUGCGUCUCGCCUACUUGUCCGUGAAGCUGCUACAGCACUGCAGGAGAACCGGCCCGAUGCCGUCUCUCUCUGCUCCAUGGCCAAACUCUUUGCAACAGAUGAGUGUUUUAAUAUCUGCAACCAGGCUCUUCAGAUGCACGGUGGGUACGGUUACCUCAAAGACUACGCAGUGCAGCAGUUUGUCCGUGACAUCAGAGUACAUCAGAUCCUAGAGGGAACAAACGAGGUGAUGAGGAUGAUCAUUUCCCGAAAUCUACUGACAGAGUCGUGAUAAAACUCCUUCCCUGAAUCAUUAAGUGACUUCGGUAGUGACCAUAUUAUUAUGGUCUUCAUCUUUGGUUUGUUACUGUGUGACUGGUUUCCUAAUUUGUCCUGUGCAUUGUAGUUUUUUUUUUGAGAGGUGGCAAAAGUCAUUGGUGAAUUUGGGGUAAACCAAUCAGUAAAACAUGGGUUGUUCCCUGUUAAGCUGCUAGUGUGAAUGUAGAAGUUUAGGGUUGUUAUUCUAUAAAAAGCUGCUCUGCACAGCAUUCUCACUCAAUUUGGGGAAAAUUUCAGUUGUUGAAAACAAGUUAACAUCAACUGAAGUGCUAAUAAAACUGUAUGGUUGUUUUACAUCAGACAUGCACUGAAUAUCACAUGCAGUCUCAGUGUCUCUCUCCCCAAAGUGGCUCUUAAGAUCUUAUUUAUGUUAAUGGUUACUCCACUGUUACUGUAUUUUACCCCACUGUGUGUUCUAUGUACAAUGGCUGCAGAAAAACAAACACACAGUACUACCACAUGUAGUUUUGUAUGGGUUGUGCAUUAAAAUUUCACUUUGCAAUUUGCAGAUCACACUCCAAAUAAAAUGAUCUCAACUGUCA